GAAACUAAGCUUUCACGCUUUCCACGGAUACACGGGCUCAACGGUGGACUUCAUUACCCCUUGCAGCGAGUUAGAAACUGUCUCUCCCCCGCGCUUAGCCUCCCAUGCCUUGCCAGUCACUCCAGGCAGAGACAUGCCCAUUUGGGCUCCUCUUCCUUCUCACAUCAUGCUUUGUGAAAGGCUCGUCCUGUCUUUUCUGACUCUGUUGACCAUUGUCGACGUUCCAUUCCUUGAUACCCUUUGACUGCUGUUGUGGUUUGCCCGGGAGAGAUUCAGAUGUCGCGGAUAUCAGCCCAGCUGUGGCUGUCUCUCUUCCUCAUCGGCCUUGGGAGAGCCGCGAGUAUCGUUUAUGUCACUGAUCUUUCCAUUUACACCUUGUUGGCACCGUGUGUACAGACUGCCGUGUCGUAUAACAUCUUCUCCCAGACCUACUCAGCGUGCGGUGAAGCACCGACAGAUUUGCAGUCAUGCAUAUGCACGAAGAACAACAACCUCGCCGCCAUCUCCACAUCCAUCGCCAGGUCAAUCAGCUACAGCUGUGGCUCAACCGCAUCCGAUGACCAGACCAGCGCCGCGGCAGUCAUCAGCCAGUACUGUAACCCCGACACGACGGUCAACUUUCCGACGCCUACGACCAACAUCGUUACCAAGUAUGCCACCGACAUCGCCGAGUUCGCCAACAUGGCCCCGUGUGCCCAGUCUGGCGUGUCGUACGCUAUUAGCUCAAUGUCGACAUAUUGCCCUGAAGCCGCAAGUCUGAUGGCGCCCUGCAUCUGCUCGAAGAACGACAAUUCAGCACGCGUCAGCCGGUCCAUCGCAUCACUUGUACGGUACUCAUGCUCCAACGCCGCCGACGUGACUUCGGGCCUCGCUUUCUACGAUGCGUACUGCGCAAUGAAUAAGGGCACUACAUCGUUCCCGCAGCCUUCGCCACCUCCAGGAGAUAUGACCUACUACAUGACGGCGCUCUCCCAAUACAGCUCGCUGGCUGCAUGCGCGCAGUCGGGGUUUUCGGAUGCCAUUUACUCGCUCACGAGAUACCAGUGCCCGACGGGACCUCAGGCCUUGGCGUCUUGUAUGUGCUUGAAAGAUGGAGUAACUAACAUCGUCAUGAGCACGGUGACAUCAGAUAUCAAGUGGUACUGCUCAUCCACGGCUACAGAGGAUGUAUCUUCUGCGGUUGCCGUGUUGGAUUACUAUUGCAAGGCUGCCAGGAACGAGGUGGUGGCCACUGUCGCUGAAUCAAUUGCCCAGACCUACCCAACAGCACAAGCUGGCACAGGGUCAGGGACUUCGGGAGCCGAAGCUACUGCUACUGGCUCUUCGGGUACUUCUGGCGACAGCACAAAUACUAAUGGCAAAUCGAAGUCCAGUACCCCAAGCCUUGCAGCCAUCAUUGGAGGUGCGGUCGCUGUCGUUGGUGCCUUGUCCAUUGCUGCUCUCGUCGCGUUCAUUAUUUAUCGUCGUCGGAAGAAGAACGAGGCCGGGUUUCCGCUUCCAGGCACCGCCGCCCCUCCUGAAAUGGCGGGCAAACCCGAGUUAGGCGGCACGAUGCUGUCCGAGCUGCCACCCAAAAGCCCUCAGAUGAGCGUCUCUUACACGACAGGAUCUCCACAUCCAGACACGAUAUCGCCCGCGUCCAAUGCUGGCGGUGUAUGGGCCCAAUCCCCCACAGGCGUUGAACUUCACGGCCAGACUAGAUUGCCGUCCGAGAUGCCAGCCAACACCAACGGCCAGCUGCAGCCUGCCGGACAGUAUCUGCCUUCCGAGUUACAGGGACAGCAUGGCCAACCGGCAUACACGCAACAGCAACCAUAUGGCCAGAGCCUGUUUCUCCCACCCGGGCUUCAGACUAGAUACAUCCAGCCACAUGUACAAAAUACCUUAGCAGAGGCUCAUGGGCAACCGAUUCAUCAGAUGCCGAAUGGACCAUCGGCGGUAUAUCAGGGGCAGGGACAAGACAGGGCAGAGCUUCAAGGGAUGGGGUGGCAUGCUGGUCCGACGCCAGGAUACUCUGAGAUGGAUGAGGGCCAGCAGCGACGAUAAUGAUGGUACGGCUCAUGGCUGGAUUGGUGGUAAAGCUACAAUAAGGGAGUUGAGGCGUAAUGAAGACGAUGAGGAGAAUUUUAUGAAGAAGAUACCUAAAGUAAUGAAUUACUUAACCGAGUCCAACGAUAAAAGAGG